AGACACCAAGUCUUACACUCGUGUGAAAUUUGACUUCCUCUCUACAUCACAUCACAAUAUCCCGCAGACGGUUGCUAUAACGUUGUGUCACUAGUAUAGAUGGCCUUCCUCAAGCUAAGAAGGGCUUUUGUCAGCCGCCGGGAACGGUCCCCGAAAUUGCCCGGGUAGUCAUCGGGGCUGAACUGCCGGAUUCAGCCGCAUUUCGGUAUAUAUAUCACCAAAGACAUAUAUCGCCGCCAGACUCCCACUCAGGAUGACCAGGUAUCCCCGGGUCUACUUCUGACGACAUCAAGAUUCUUUUUCUUUGGUCUCAUACCGUUAACUUCUUAUGUAAAACCCAACCCAGUCCAACACAUCAGCAACCCCCAGCUCGAGCUCGAAGCCCGGAUACAGUACCCAGCACCAACUUUCCUCUCUUACUCACUCAUUCCAGGUCCAAUCACAACUCAGAACCAAAAUGUCCUUUCUCAACCUCAACCUCAACCUCACCUACCAAAACAUCCACUUCCGCCACCCUUCCUCCUCUUCUUCCCUUCCCAUCCCCUUACCCCCCCUUCCCCCGGGGAUCUCCCGCUCCUUCAUCCCCACCCCCCACGGCGACCUCGAGAUUCUUCAUACCACCACCACCUCCUCCUCCCGACAAUCAGCCCUCUUCUUCAUCCACGGCGGCAUGGGUUCCGCUUCCGUCUGGCUCGAGUACCUCUCCUUCUUUUCCCAACAACAACAACAAAAUAUCCCUUGCUACGCCAUCUCCAUGCGCGGCCACGGCGGGAGUUGGUACCCUUCCUAUUUGCGGAUGGUGUACGGGACGACCAAGGGGGAUUUGACGGGGGAUGUGGUGAGUGGGAUUCGAUGGGCUGUUGAUAGGGAGCGGGGACAGCGGAAGCAGCAGCAGCUGGGUCGGGGAGUGAUUAAAGGUCAACAAGGUCGACAAGGGAAGGAGGGAAGGGGAGGGGAAAAAGGGGAUGAUGUUGAAGCGAAAGAAGAGGUGGAAAUGGUACUAAUCGGGCAUUCCAGCGGUGGAGGUCUGGCGCAGUAUAUCCUCAGCGCGGGUCUUUUGGGUGGAUUGAGUGUGAAGAUUAAGGGGUUAGUGUUGAUGGGUGCUGUGCCUGGGUUUGGAUCCAUCCCCAUCUACCUAACCUGGUUCCGUCUCGACCCCCUCUUCGCCCUCCGCCUCCUCCUCCACUUAGGCCACCCCAACUCCCCGCUCUCUCACCCCUCCCUCGUCCGCCUUAUCUUUUUCAGCAACGACCUCCUCCCCGACUCGUAUCUCUCGAGAUUCAUGUCCUUCAUGAGCCGCUACGAGUCCCUUCUCUGGCCAUUAGGCAUGGCCCGGUCUUUUGCCGAUUCCGAGAGGGUCCUGUUGCGGAUAUGUGGCUGGGGUGAGACAACCAAACAAGAACAGAAGCAGGGGCAAGUAGAGAGGGUCCUGGUGAUUGCGGGUGAAAGAGACAAAAUCAUGACGCAGCCUAUUGUGCAACGGCUUGCAGACUGGUAUCGCGCUGCUUAUGAGAGGUUGGUGGUGGAGGAGAAGAAGAUUGAUGGGGUGAUGGUAGGAAGUGAGAAUGAGACGGUGGAUGAGGAGGUGGAGGGUUCAGGGGGACCCAAAGACACAGCGGGGAGAGGGGUCAGGUUCGCACUCGUUCCUGGGGCGGGACAUCAUUGCCAGAAUGAUGUGGGUUGGGAGGUCGGGGCGAGGAAGGUGUUGGCGUUUUAUCGGCAGCUACUUUGAUAACAACCUCGUUGCUGAGAGUUGUUGUUGAAAGGUAACAGGAAACAGGUGUGUGUUUUUGUACGUGGUUCAUUCGGUGGGUAGAUGAACUGCGUGAUGGGUGAUGUAUACUGGAUGUAAAAUUAAUAGUUAAUCCCCUCUUUCAUUUUCCAGUCUGUUUGCUUAUCGAAUACGUCACAAAUAAAGUGGUGCGCAGGGUGGAGAGCAGC